AUGAACUCCACAAACCCUAAACCUCCUUUAAACCAUCCAAUGAAAAGCAGCAACCAUAGUCAGCAAAAAACUUGGUCAGAAUUACCACCAGAUCUCUUAUUACUCAUUGUUAAACGUCUUGCAACACAACCUGAUGUCUUCAGCUUCCGGCGAGUUUGUAAGUUAUGGAGAGCAUCAGCCCCUCUCUCAGUUUUCGCCUCGAAAAACAUGUUAUCUCCUCUUUUCCCACAUCAUUUUACAAUCAAACCCGAUACGAAGAAUGCUCCUAAACAUUAUAUCGUGUGUAUGAAUUGUGUUAUUCUUUUGCGGUCAAAUGUCAAUCCCGAACUCCCGCCUUUUAUAAUUACUGUUGAUGAGUAUACCUCCGGUAAGCUAUAUGUUAGACGUCCCUUUUGUGCUCAUCCCUUUACUUAUUAUUCCGAUUUUGAAGAUACCAAUAUUGUUACUAGAGAUUUUCCACGAUGUUUGGAUUUAUCUCGUUAUCGUGUGUUGGAAUUGGCUAGAUUCCCUACCUUAAGUUAUGUUAUGGAUGAUAAUACAUCUUAUGUUUAUUUACUCUCACAAAACUACUAUGCGAGGCCUAAUAAGGUUGUAUUGUUUGCGGAUCCAAAUUGUGAAAAUCGCGCUACUAUUAAUGAUUAUACACUUGUGGAACUUGUGUCUCAAUCGCGAUGUCUAAUUCUAAAUAGGCUUAGAAACGGGGAAAGACAUAGGUUUAUUCACGAGUACAAGAAAAAGGGAAGAAGGCUUAUAGACUUGGUGAAUUUUAAAGGGAAAGUGUAUGUCAUCGAUAACUACCAUAGGGAGAAGGAAGGGUCGGUCGACUUUUCGUUGUUUAAGGUGAAUGAGAAGGAAAAGAAGUGGGAAAAGCUUAAAGGUAUAGGUGAUGAUAAGAUAUUGUUUCUCACGUAUGAUGGCUCCUUCGUUGCCUUAACCAACGAUUUUCCUGGAUGUAAAGGAAAUUGUAUAAUAUUUUUCAGGAUAAUAAGGAAAACUAGAUAUAUUCAAAUGUCGUAUAAUCAAGAUGAUUAUGAAAUUUAUGUUUUUCACUUCGACGGUGGUGGUAGUGGUCCUAUUGCAUCUUAUCCAGGCUAUUCCGACGUCGUCGUAUGGCCACCACCAUCGUGGCUCUACGGGAACGAUUCUGGUUAG